AUGGGUUUCAAUUCAGUCUAUCGAUCGUUGCAGGAUAUAUUCCCACAGGUUGAUUCUAGGUUGUUGAGGGCUGUGGCUAUUGAACAUCCUAAGGAUGCUGAUAUUGCUGCGGAAAUUGUUCUUACUGAAAUCAUCCCGUCAAUUACCAAGAAAUUACUUCCAGUAACACCUCCUGAGGAUGUGAGCCCAAGAGUCAUAGUAAACCUUGAAGAUGGAAGCGAGGACGAAGGGGAUGGGUUAGCGCUAGCACACCAUCAACUUGUUAAAAGCAGAGAUGCGGGGUCUUCUUCAAAUUCUUCUUCUAGGCCAGAUCUAAAUGUUCCAGUAAAAUCACGACAGGGUGGUAGUCCUCUAGUGGUAAUAAACCUUGGAGAUGAUAGUGAGGAAGAUGAUAGUGAGGAGGAAGGGGGUUUGGUGCAGAAACAUCAACUCGUUGAAGAUAAUGCCAUGGGGUCUUCAUCAUCCACAUCAUUAUCAUCACGUUCUAUACCCGUGCAGAUAGCCCAAACUGCCAAUUCUUCUGGUGGACUGGAUCUGAAUGUGACUCUUAAUGAGUCUACACUGUCAAAUGGCAGUGAUAGGAAGGAUGAAAACAAAAGAUUUUUCGGGAUAGAUCUUGAAGCUUACUUAAAAAGAGGGAUCUUGAAUGAUAUUCCUCAGGGGACAUCAAAUGGUUUUAACUUUUUUGAACAGGGGCAGCUUGAUGUCGAUUUUGAUUCUAAAAAUUUGGCAUCUUCACGUGUAUAUCAAGUGGCGGAGAAUGAACAGAACAAACUGAAUGAAGAAUGGGUAGAUUUUGUCCCUACGGAUGAAAAUGUUGAUGCCAAGAUCUCUGAUACAACUCGCAGUUUGGAAAAUUGUGAAACUGCCUUGAAUGAGUUAGAAGGAUCUGAAGUUCAAACUGUAUCUCAACUUCAGGAGCAUACACCAGUUGGUGAAGAUUAUCUUCAAAUGGUUAUUAAUUCAAAUCCAUCCGUCAUUGUUGGUGAAACUAGUCAUGUUGAAGAUGAGAUUGAUGUCAAUAAGACACUUAGCCAAAGUAGUCGAUCAUGCAGUAUUGAUACACUUGAGGAGACCAUUGAUGAAGCAAAAACUAACAAGAAAAUGUUGUUUUCAUCAAUGGAAUCUCUCAUCAAUUUGAUGAAAGAAGUGGAACUUCUGGAGAAAGCUGCUGAGCAGGCCAAUAUGUUAGCUGCUAGGGGAGGGUCUGAUAUUCAGGAUAGGGUAGAAGAGUAUCAAGCCUUGUUGGUGCAUGCUAAAGAAGCAAAUGACAUGCAUGCAGGGGAGAUUUAUGGAGAAAAGGCUAUUCUGGCAACUGAACUGAAGGAACUUCAAUCUCGUUUGUCCAGUUUGUCUGGUGAAAGGGACAUGUCUCUUGCAAUUCUUGACGAGAUGCGCCAAAUUCUUGAAUCUCGAUUAGCUGCAGCUGAAAUGUUGAAGAAAGCUGCUGAGCUUGAAAAGGAGGAAAAAGAGGGAUCAGCAAGGAUGGCACUUCUUGAGCAAGAAGCUAUGAUGGACAAGGUAGUACAGGAGUCACGAAGGCUACAACUGGAGGCAGAAGAGAAUUCAAAGUUACGGGAGUUUCUGAUGGACCGUGGGCAGAUUGUUGAUACAUUACAAGGAGAAAUUUCUGUUAUUUGUCAGGAUAUUAGGCUUCUAAAAGAAAAAUUUGAUGCAAAUCUUCCUCUGAGUCAAUCAUUCUCGUCAAGUCAGACAAGUUGCAUCUUAGCCUCUUCAGGUUCGUCUCACAAAACCAUAGCAUCAAAUGCGGGUUCUGUGCAUAGUGAUUCGUCUGAAAUACUCAAGAUCACCCAGGCAGCCUCGAUUGAAAGCCUUUCUUACAAAGGCGGGGGUGAGGAGAAGUCCAAAUCUGAACACAGUGCUCUUCUUGAUGAUGGGUGGGAAAUUUUUGACAAAGAUGCAGAACUGGAUUCUUGA